GCGUUGCAUUGUGGGGUGGUGGAGGCGAAGGCGGCGGUAGCGGCGGCUGCGUAGGACUGGGUGGCGCAGCGGCGGCGGGGUCGCGGACAUGGCUUCUUGGAGCGCGCCUUCACCUAGCCUUGUAGAGUAUUUUGAGGGCCAGACCUCCUUCCAGUGUGGCUACUGCAAGAACAAGUUGGGCAGUCGCUCCUAUGGCAUGUGGGCACAUUCCAUGACAGUGCAGGAUUAUCAGGAUCUUAUAGACCGAGGAUGGAGAAGAAGUGGGAAAUAUGUGUACAAACCUGUCAUGGAUCAAACAUGCUGUCCUCAGUAUACAAUAAGGUGUCAUCCUUUACAGUUUCAGCCAUCAAAAUCUCACAAGAAAGUUUUGAAAAAAAUGCUGAAAUUUCUGGCUAAAGGAGAGAUCUCGAAAGGCAAUUGUGAGGAUGAGCCCAUGGAUUCUACAGUGGAGGAUGCUGUUGACGGUGACUUUGCAUUAAUUAACAAGCUGGAUAUAAAGUGUGAUCUCAAAACACUCAGUGACCUCAAAGGAAGCAUAGAGAGUGAAGAGAAGGAGAAAGAAAAGAGUAUAAAGAAAGAAGGGUCUAAAGAAUUCAUUCAUCCACAAUCUAUAGAGGAGAAGUUGGGCUCUGGUGAACCAUCACAUCCAAUCAAAGUUCAUAUUGGUCCUAAGCCAGGCAAAGGGGCUGACUUGAGUAAGCCUCCAUGUCGGAAAGCAAGGGAAAUGAGGAAAGAAAGGCAAAGAUUAAAACGGAUGCAGCAGGCCUCAGCUGCAGCCUCGGAGGCUCAAGGUCAGCCAGUCUGUUUGUUACCAAAGGCUAAAUCCAACCAGCCCAAGUCACUGGAAGAUUUGAUUUUUCAAUCUUUACCAGAAAAUGCAUCGCACAAGUUAGAGGUGAGGCUAGUACCUGCCUCCUUUGAGGACCCAGAGUUCAACUCAUCCUUCAACCAGUCCUUUUCUUUAUAUACCAAGUAUCAAGUGGCUAUACACCAGGAAGCACCUGAAAUAUGUGAAAAGUCUGAGUUUACAAGAUUCCUUUGCAGCUCACCAUUGGAGGCAGAGCACCCUGCUGAUGGACCAGAAUGUGGUUAUGGCUCCUUUCACCAGCAGUACUGGCUCGAUGGGAAGAUCAUUGCUGUGGGGGUGUUAGACAUUCUCCCGUACUGUGUGUCUUCUGUGUAUCUCUACUACGAUCCUGAUUAUUCAUUUCUGUCUUUGGGUGUCUAUUCAGCAUUAAGAGAAAUUGCUUUUACUAGACAACUGCAUGAGAAAACAUCGCAACUCAGCUAUUAUUAUAUGGGUUUCUACAUUCAUUCCUGUCCCAAGAUGAGAUACAAGGAGGUCCAGGCAGGAGGACCAGGAGGAUCAGCAUAAGACCAUCUGUAGUGGUUAUUCCUGGUUGUCAACUUGACUAUAUUUGGAAUGAACUACAAUCCAGAAUUGGAAGGCUCACCAGUGACCCUUAUCUGGAGGCUUGGAGAUCCUUAUCUGGAUCUUGGUAUGGAGAUCUUGAGCCAUAGUGGCUAUGGAUUCCAGAAGAUUGAAUCUCCGAGUUUAAGGAACACACCUUUAAUCUGGCCUGCGCCUUUCAUCUGGGAUUAAAGGUGUGGUGGAACACACCUUUAAUCUGGGCUACACCUUCUGCUGGAGACAAUAUAAGGACAUUGGAAGAAGGGAGUCUAGCUCUUGCUCUUGCUCCUUCGCCUGCUUGCUGCGUGAGACUGAGUAACUGCUAGAUCCUUGGACUUCCAUUCACAGCUGCGACUGAAUCAUUGUUGGGAAUUGGGCUGCCGACUGUAAGUCAUCAAUAAAUUCCUUUACUAUCUAGAGACUAUCCAUAAGUUCUGUGACUCUAGAGAACCCUGACUAAUACAGAAGUUGGUACCAGGAGUGGUUCUAGAGUAACAGAAGUACAAGGAUGAAUCUUUUAAAAUACUGGAAUUGGCUUGUUGAUCCACCAGCACUUUCAACUAUUGAAACCUCUCCAGAUUCUCUCCCUCCUGGGAGCUCAGAGAAUUUUGAAGACCCAUGGUUGAAACUAUAUUCCGAACUUAAAGAAGCUAAUGCCCUUGAUUUUCUUAAUGAAUUAGGUGAUUCAGUGCACAAAGCUUUCUACAAGAUGGGGAAAAAAUCGAAAAAUGAUUUUACUGGCUGGCUGCUCUUAGUAUCUGUGGAAAAAAUGAUGAAUGAAAGGAAGGAGUUGUGUGAUAAAAUCGAAAGGCUCCAGACACAAGUAAACGAUCUAAAAGUUGCUAAGUGUGUCCUUGAGGAGAAUCUUCUCUCUUGUAGCAAUAGAGCUCAAGUUGCAGAAAAUCAAACAGAAACUCUCAUUGUAAGGUUGGCUGAACUACAGCGAAAAUUCAAGUCUCAGCCUCAGAGUGUGUCGACAGUUAAAGUAAGGGCUCUAAUUGGCAAAGAAUGGGAUCCUACAACAUGGGAUGGGGAUGUGUGGGAAGACCAUGUUGAAGCUGAGAAUUUUGAAUCUUCAGAUUCUCAAGGGUUUGCCCCACCUGAGGAAGUAGUACCCUCAGCCCCACCUCUUGAAAUAAUGCCUUCCCCACAUGAGGAAAUUAAUUUUGCAGAGUCUGCUCACGGCCCACCAAUAGUUUCUUCUAGACCUGUAACCAGACUCAAAGCAAAACAGGCUCCUAGAGGGGAGGUAGAAAGUAUAGUCCAUGAGGAAAUUCGCUACACUACUAAGGAGCUUAAUGAGUUUGCUAAUUCAUUCAAGCAGAAACCUGGUGAAUAUGUGUGGGAAUGGAUUUUAAGGGUGUGGGAUAAGGGUGGAAGGAACAUAAAACUAGAGCAGGCUGAGUUUAUUGACAUGGGUCCUCUGAGUAGAGAUUCUAGGUUUAAUACGGAAGCUCGCAUAGUUAAAAAAGGUGUCAAAAGUUUGUUUGAAUGGUUGGCUGAGGUGUUUAUCAAAAGAUGGCCUACUGGAAAUGACUUGGAGAUGCCUGAUAUUCCGUGGCUUAGUGUUGAUGAAGGGAUUUUAAGACUUAGGGAAAUUGCAAUGCUAGAGUGGAUAUAUUGUGUAAAGCAUAAUUGUCCACAAUGGGAAGGUCCAGAAGAUAUGCCUUUCACCAGCUCUAUAAGACGCAAAUUGGUGAGAGGGGCACCAGCACAUUUGAAGGGUUUUGUUCUUUCCCUUUUCCUUGUGCCAGAUCUUAGCAUUGGAGAUGCUUCUGCUCAAUUAGAUGAAUUAAAUUCACUGGGUUUAGUUGGAUCCCGAGGUAACAAGGGCCAGGUGGCAGCAUUGAAUCGCCGGAGACAAGGUGAUCCUAGUUAUUAUAAUGGACAGCGUAGACAAAAGAAUGUUUAUAAUAACAUACCCAGUAAUGGUCAGCACAGGAGAGGUGAAAUUUAUAAUGGCAUGACUCGCUUGGACCUUUGGUACUGGCUAAUCAAUCAUGGUGUUUCCAGGAAUGAAAUACAUAGGAAGCCUACUGCAUAUUUGUUUGAUCUGUAUAAGCAGAAAAAUUCUCAAACAAAUGAAAGAAAGGCUACAUUAGAUCGUGGUAAACAGCAAUCUCGGCCAGUGAAUCAAUUUCCAGACUUGAGACAGUUUGCAGAUCCGGAACCCCUUGAAUGAAGGGGUGGCCAGGUUCCUCUGAGGAAGGAUCUUGAUAAGACACUCAAAGGUUUUGCUGUUACCCUUUCUCCAGUUCUUCCCCAGAGGGACCUACGGCCUUUUACAAGGGUAACUGUACACUGGGGAAAAGGAAAUAAUCAGACUUUUCGGGGUCUGCUGGAUACUGGUUCUGAGUUGACACUGAUCCCAGGGGAUCCCAAGAAACAUUGUGGCCCUCCAGUUAAAGUAGGGGCUUAUGGAGGGCAGGUGAUUAAUGGAGUUUUGACUGAUGUCCGACUCACAGUAGGUCCAGUAGGUCCCCGGACACAUCCUGUGGUGAUUUCCCCAGUUCCAGAAUGUAUAAUUGGGAUAGAUAUACUCAGAAAUUGGCAGAAUUCUCAUAUUGGUUCCCUGAACUGUAGAGUGAGGGCUAUUAUGGUUGGAAAGGCCAAAUGGAAGCCUUUAGAGUUGCCUCUGCCAAAGAAAAUAGUGAAUCAAAAACAGUAUCGUAUUCCUGGAGGAAUUGCAGAAAUUACUGCCACUAUCAAGGACUUGAAAGAUGCAGGGGUGGUGGUUCCCACCACAUCUCCAUUUAACUCUCCUAUCUGGCCAGUGCAGAAAACAGAUGGAUCAUGGAGAAUGACAGUUGAUUACCGAAAACUAAAUCAGGUAGUAACUCCAAUUGCAGCUGCUGUACCAGAUGUAGUUUCCUUACUUGAGCAAAUUAACACAUCUCCUGGCACCUGGUAUGCGGCUAUUGAUCUGGCAAAUGCCUUCUUCUCAGUACCUGUCCAUAAGGACCACCAGAAGCAAUUUGCUUUCAGUUGGCAAGGCCAACAGUAUACCUUCACAGUUUUGCCUCAAGGAUAUAUUAACUCUCCUGCCCUGUGUCAUAAUUUAGUUAGAAGGGAUCUUGAUCGUUUGGAUCUUCCACAAAAUAUCACAUUGGUGCACUAUAUUGAUGACAUUAUGCUGAUUGGACCAAGUGAGCAGGAAGUAGCAACCACUUUGGACUCAUUGGUAACACAUAUGCGUAUCAGAGGAUGGGAAAUAAAUCCAACCAAAAUUCAAGGACCAUCUACCUCAGUGAAAUUCUUAGGAGUCCAGUGGUGUGGGGCAUGCAGAGAUAUUCCUUCUAAGGUGAAAGAUAAGUUAUUGCACCUGGCCCCUCCUACAACCAAGAAAGAAGCACAACGUUUAGUGGGUCUAUUUGGAUUCUGGAGACAACACAUCCCUCACUUGGGUGUGUUACUUAGGCCUAUUUACCAAGUGACUCGGAAAGCUGCUAGCUUUGUGUGGGGCCUGGAACAGGAGAAGGCCCUUCAACAGGUCCAGGCUGCUGUGCAGGCUGCUCUACCACUUGGACCAUAUGACCCAGCAGAUCCGAUGGUACUUGAGGUGUCUGUGGCUGAUAGAGAUGCUGUUUGGAGCCUCUGGCAGGCCCCUGUAGGUGAAUCACAGAAAAGGCCUUUGGGAUUUUGGAGCAAAGCUCUACCAUCAUCUGCAGACAACUAUUCUCCCUUUGAAAAACAGCUCUUGGCCUGCUAUUGGGCCUUAGUGGAAACUGAACGUCUGACAAUAGGACGCCAAGUCACUAUGCGACCUGAACUACCCAUCAUGAGCUGGGUACUAUCAGACCCUGCAAGUCAUAAAGUGGGACGUGCACAGCAGCAGUCUAUUAUCAAAUGGAAGUGGUAUAUACGUGAUCGGGCCAGAGCAGGUCCUGAAGGCACAAGCAAGUUACAUGAAGAAGUUGCUCAAAUGCCUAUGGUUUCUAUUCCUGUUACAAUGCCAUCUGCUGCCAAGCAUGCACCUAUAGCCUCAUGGGGUGUUCCCUAUGAUCAACUGACCGAAGAGGAGAAGACUAGAGCCUGGUUUACUGAUGGCUCUGCACGUUAUGCAGGCACCACCCAGAAGUGGACAGCUGCAGCAUUACAACCCCUUUCUGGGACAACCUUGAAAGACACAGGUGAAGGGAAAUCUUCACAGUGGGCAGAACUUCGGGCAGUACACAUGGUAUUACAGUUUGUUUGCAAGAAGAAAUGGCCAGAUGUACGAUUAUUCACUGACUCAUGGGCUGUAGCCAAUGGAUUGGCUGGAUGGUCAGGGACUUGGAAAGAUCACAAUUGGAAAAUUGGUGAGAAAGACAUCUGGGGAAGAAGUAUGUGGAUAGAUCUCUCCAAAUGGGCAAAGGAUGUAAAGAUAUUUGUGUCCCAUGUAAAUGCUCACCAAAAGGUGACUUCAGCCGAGGAGGAGUUCAAUAAUCAAGUGGAUAAGAUGACCCGUUCUGUGGACAGUCAGCCUGUCUCCCCAGCCAUCCCUAUCAUUGCUCAAUGGGCACAUGAACAAAGUGGCCACGGUGGUCGAGAUGGAGGUUAUGCUUGGGCUCAGCAACACGGGCUUCCACUCACCAAAGCUGACUUGGCUACAGCUGCUGCUGAUUGCCAGAUCUGCCAACAGCAGAAACCAACACUGAGCCCCAGAUAUGGCACCAUUCCUCGAGGUGACCAGCCAGCAACCUGGUGGCAGGUUGACUACAUUGGACCACUUCCUUCGUGGAAAGGACAGCGUUUUGUUCUUACUGGAGUAGAUACUUAUUCUGGUUAUGGAUUUGCCUUUCCUGCACGUAAUGCUUCUGCUAAAACCACCAUUCACGGACUGACAGAAUGCCUUAUCUAUCGUCAUGGUAUUCCACACAGUAUUGCUUCUGACCAAGGAACUCAUUUCACAGCCAGAGAAGUACGACAGUGGGCCCACGAUCAUGGAAUUCACUGGUCUUACCACAUUCCCCAUCAUCCUGAAGCAGCUGGUCUGAUAGAAAGAUGGAAUGGCCUUUUGAAGACGCAGUUACAGCGCCAAUUAGGUGGUAACAGCUUGGAAGGCUGGGGUAGAGUUCUUCAGAAGGCAGUAUAUGCUUUGAAUCAGCGCUCGAUAUAUGGUACAGUUUCACCCAUAGCCAGGAUUCAUGGGUCCAGGAAUCAAGGGGUGGAAAAAGGAAUAGUUCCACUUACUAUCACUCCUAGUGACCCUCUAGGAAAAUUUUUGCUUCCUGUCCCCAUAACUCUAGGUUCUGCUGGCCUAAAAGUCUUGGCUCCAGAGAGGGGAGUGCUCCUACCAGGAGCUACAACAAACAUUCCAUUGAACUGGAAGCUCAGACUUCCCCCUGGUCAUUUUGGGCUUCUAAUGCCCUUAAACCAACAGGCUAAAAAAGGAAUAACAGUGUUAGGAGGGGUGAUAGAUCCAGAUUACCAUGGCGAAAUUGGAUUACCUCUUCACAAUGGUGGUAAGCAAGAUUAUGUCUGGAGUGUAGGAGAUCCCUUAGGGCGUCUCUUAGUACUACCAUGUCCUGUGAUUAAAGUCAAUGGGAAACUACAACAGCCUAAUCCAAGCAGGAUGACAAAGGACGCAGACCCAUCAGGAAUGAAGGUAUGGGUCAAUCCUCCAGGAAAAGAGCCAAGACCUGCUGAGGUGCUGGCUGAAGGUGAAGGAAAUACAGAAUGGGUAGUAGAGGAAGGUAGUUAUAAAUACCAAUUAAGGCCACGUAACCAGUUGCAGAAACGAGGAUUAUAAAGUACUAUGAAUGCCCACUGUAAAUUUACUGAUGCGUUUGCGAUUGUACGAGGGAUAGUUAUAUCAUGUUAGGCGUAUUUACAACCUUGUUAUUGUUUCAUGUGAACAUGAGAUAUUAUUUGUGUCAAGUUGACAAGGGGUGGAUUGUAGUGGUUAUUCCUGGUUGUCAACUUGACUAUAUUUGGAAUGAACUACAAUCCAGAAUUGGAAGGCUCACCAGUGACCCUUAUCUGGAGGCUUGGAGAUCCUUAUCUGGAUCUUGGUAUGGAGAUCUUGAGCCAUAGUGGCUAUGGAUUCCAGAAGAUUGAAUCUCCGAGUUUAAGGAACACACCUUUAAUCUGGCCUGCGCCUUUCAUCUGGGAUUAAAGGUGUGGUGGAACACACCUUUAAUCUGGGCUACACCUUCUGCUGGAGACAAUAUAAGGACAUUGGAAGAAGGGAGUCUAGCUCUUGCUCUUGCUCCUUCGCCUGCUUGCUGCGUGAGACUGAGUAACUGCUAGAUCCUUGGACUUCCAUUCACAGCUGCGACUGAAUCAUUGUUGGGAAUUGGGCUGCCGACUGUAAGUCAUCAAUAAAUUCCUUUACUAUCUAGAGACUAUCCAUAAGUUCUGUGACUCUAGAGAACCCUGACUAAUACACCAUCCUUAGCCAUGUAUUAUGUUCCAGGCCAGCUCAUGGAGCCACAUGAGACCCUGUCACAAAACAAAAAAGCAGAGUCAGUGAAAUGCCUUAGCAGGCUACAUCACUCACUGUAGAAACCUGGAAACCUGAAUUUGAUGUCAAGAACCCAUAGAAAGGUGAAAGAAGAGAACUAGCCUCCCAUGGCAUCCCUGUUUCCAUUUUUUAUCUUAAAAAUUAAAAACAAAAUCCAAAA